ACCAGAACGAUGGACGGGUCCGUGACACACCCGCCGCUGCAGUACUCGGCAUCGUGCAGCUCGACGCCGCUCAUCACGUUCGCCACUUUGCUGGUGGGCUACAUCAACGGAAACCUGUCCCGCGAGUUCUUCAGUCGAGCAGAAAAGUCCUACGACAAGCCCAACCGCCGGAGACGUACGACUUCGUGAUCGUCGGCGCCGGAUCGGCCGGCUGCAUCAUAGCGGAGCGCCUGUCCCGCGUGAGCAAUGUCACGGUGCUGUUGCUGGAGGGGGGCGGCACGCAGCCCGUGGGACGGACGCCCCGGGGCCCCCUUUCGCUCUACAUCACCUCCAACGUGGUCGAGUUCAUGCCUAGUACUCCCGAGGCCACUAACUGCGGUGGGAAAGGGUGUGUGUUCCCGCUUCCUUUCGGCACUGGUGGUGGGUCGUCUGUCAACGGUAUGAUGUACGUUCGGGGAUGCUCGGGUGACUUCGACCGCUGGUGUGCUCUGGUCGACGACCCGCGUUGGUGCUACACAAACGCGCUCAACUACUUCAAACGCUCCGAGAAAAACUUUGAAAUAAUUUCACGAUACCACUCUGCGUUGGGGCCGAUGAGCGUCUCGUGGCCGCCCCACAAUUAUGGGACCGCGAAAGCGUUUGAGGGAGCCUUUGCUGCCAAGGGAUACAGCCGCGUGGAUGACAUAAACGGUCCAGGCCAGAUCGGCUACUCGCGGAUUCAGACGACGACCGGCUGCGGAAAGCGCAGUAGCACAUACCGGGCAUUUGUUGAGCCUGCACUGAAGAGUAAUCGUCCGGGUCUGACAGUCCUGACGUACGCGGACGUACAGAAGGUAUUGCUUCGAGAGGGGACCAACGCUGGGGACCCGCCGUUGGCGUACGGCGUGGAGUACACCGAUGCUGGUGGUGUGGAUCGGACGGCCUAUGCUGCUAAAGAAGUAAUCAUCACCGCUGGUGCGCUGCACUCUCCGCAGAUUCUCAUGUGUUCUGGCAUCGGUCCAUGCUCUGAUAUAGAGGCUGCGAACUUGAGAUGCUGGGUGGAUCGGCCAGGUGUCGGUCAGAACCUGCAAGACCAUCCGCGGCCCACCGCCAUGGAGUUCAAGUGUCCCUUGUGCGACGUGGACUGGAACACUCGAAAGCGGGAUCUGAAUGAAUACGAUCUGUUACAUUUGGGCGCCCUGACCGAGGCCGCCAUUUUGCAACUGACGGCCUUUGUCAAUACUGGCAUCGAGGGGGCUGGCCUGCCCGAGAAGUGCCCCGAUCUGCAGAUCAUACUGCUCGGUGCCACGGAAAGCAAGGAUGGCGAGCGGUGCAUGGACAACGACGUGUGGAGGCACAACAUCGUCAAGUGGCUGCCGGCCGUUCUUCACCCUGAAAGUCGUGGUGAGGUGACUCUCGACCCGUCCGACCCCUUCGGACGGCCCGUGGUGACGCUGGGGUACUUCACCUCCCAGAACGACGUGAAGGUGGCCAUCCGGGGCCUGGAGAUGGGCGUCGCCAUGGCGGACGAGCUGGCCAAGAGAGGCCUUAUCCUUGACCGCACGCCCAUACCCCCAUGCAGGGACUUCGAGUUCGCGACGCGAGAGUACUGGGAGUGUGCCAUCAACGCGACCAGCUAUACGCUGUGGCACUUUUCCGGGACGUGCAGUAUGGGCAAGAUAACGAAUCCGCUGGCGGUAGUCGACUCGUCUCUCCGCGUCAUCGGCGUCGACGGACUGAGCGUUUGCGACGCCUCCGUCAUGCCGUUCGUUACGAGCGGCAACACCAACGCCCCCACCUGCAUGAUCGCCGAACAGUGUGCUGACCUCGUCCGGGCGCGCCACGGCCUGCCCGAGUACCGAGAAUCGCCAUUCCCAGAACCACCGUUCCAAGACCCGCCAUUCUCAGAGCCACCGUUCGGCUAAUGUUGUUACAGCCAAAGUGAUCUGUAGCCCAGCCCGCCCACCCCGAGAAGACAUCGUUGCGUUUUUAUUCGUAUCCAAGCUCUAACCUGUUCUGACCUUUGAAAGCAUGUAGCACGCUCGCUUUUGUUGACCCGCAAGGCAAUGAAUUUAUAAAAUAUCAAUUGUAAUGCAAGGGAGGUGUAUGCAAGACAUUGGCUUGGCGUAACACGCUCUAAGAAAAUAUUGUGAAUUUACGAAAUGUCAGUACACGAUGUUUCAUUUAAAAAAACGUUAUUGUUUUGUCAGUUUACAAAACGAUCGCAAUCCUACAAAAUCAUUACAAAAUGUAUCGUAAUCCUACAAAAUCACUUUGUAAAGAGAGAGAAAUCUUCCUAAUUUGGUGAAUUUACGGACAAUAUAACUACGAAAUGUUUUGUUU